AUGGAUGAUAUGUAUUUAGAUGUCACGGCUGAAUACACCGAUGAUUGUAAAAUAACUCAAAUUGAAUAUCAUUCUUUUUUACCUUAUUCAACAUCUGCCCUCUCCAAUAACGAUGAAGUACGUAUUGCUUUACAUAACACAGAGUCUUAUACUUUACCAUGUGAGAGUUAUAUUUACAUCGAGGGUACAAUAACCAAACCUACAGAAAUAACUGAAGAAAUUAGAUUUAUAAACAAUGGACUGUCAUUUCUUUUCUCUGAAAUGAAAUAUGAAAUAAACGGUACUCAAAUUCAAAAACUUGUUAACCCAGGUAUUUCGACUACAUUAAAAGGAUAUUGCUCGUAUAAUAAAUCAAAUAUUAUAUCGCAUCAUAACGCUUCCUGGGAUAGUGAUAUUAAAAAUGGUAAUAAAGAUUUUAUCGACAGCGGUAAUUUUAACGGGUGUAUUAAUCUUAAAGAUUUAUCAUCGAUCGAUAUGAAUGCUGUUAAACAGUUUAAAAAUAAUGAAAUAGUAGACGCUCCUAAACUAAAAGACGUUAAAAUAAAUAUAACAAAAAUAUUGUGGAGAAUGCCUAUAGUGAAAGUGAGUGAUAGAGAAAAAAUACGACUGUUGAAAGUAAUCAACAAUCAGAAACCUCUAACAUGUGCGUUUAGAUCGUGGGAACUGUGUGAAUAUCCGUUUUUACCUCAAAACACUUCGCAUUCAUGGAAAGUAAAGACAUCUAACAAUACUCGAUAUGUCAUAAUCGGUUUUCAAACCGAUAGGAAAAAUAGCUCGAGUAAAGCAAUGUCAUUUUUUGAUCAUUGUAAAAUUAAAAACGUAAAGGUCUAUUUAAACUCUGAAAUAUUCCCAUAUGAAGAUUUUCAAAGCGACUUUACUAAGAACAAGAUGGCUACAUUAUAUCACGCAUAUACCGAGUUCCAGAAAUCAUAUUAUGGUUAUAACGAUGUAAUAACGGUAUGUUUUAAUGGUAUGCCUUUCAAAAUGGAACCGUUAACUGCGUAUCGAUACAUUCCAAUUUCUUACUUGAAAAUCCCGAGCAAAUGCCAAACCAGAAUAUUAUUAAGAUCUAAUGAUCAACAUUCUUCUAAAUGGGAUCAAGAUCAUAAAAAAAGAGCAAACGCCAAACCAGUGUGUCAUAAAGACCCAAUAUCGAUCAAGCAUCUUCUUCAUGAAAUCAAGAUCGUCAAACAAAUACGAACAAACAUCAGGCAAGCAGCAUGUCAUCAAGAUCCAACGAUCAAUCGUCUUCUUCAAGGAAUAGUGAUGAUAAAAAAAAAUAAGAACAAACGUUAUACCAGUAUGUGA